UCACUCAGUCCAGGCAGCAGGAAGUGAAUCGCUCUCCCUGCAGUGACUCUGGGGCGCUGUGGGGAGCCUACGCUCCUUGCAAGAUCCCCGAGCCCCAGCGGCUGCUGCUGGGACCCCGGAGAGGGGAAUCUCCAGCAGGGACAGUCCCGCUGCUCCCAGGAGCCUCUCCCGGUGCAGAGACCCCAGCCUGGCCAGGACCCCCCUUCCCGGGCCCCAGCCCCUGCUCCCAGGGAGGGCACCGCUUGGAGGGAAGAUGCCGGUGACCUUCGAGGAGGUGGCUGUGUACUUCACCGAGGGGCAAGGGACUCUGCUGGACCCCGGUCAGAGAGCCCUCUACAGGGAUGUCAUGCAGAAGAAUUAUGAGACUGUCACCUCGCUGGGACUCCCCAUUCCCAAACCUGACCUGAUUGCCCGGCUGGAAGCAGGGGAAGAGCCGUGGAUCCCGGAUCUCCAGGACUCUGAAGAAAGGAAGAUCCCAAGAGCCCAGGCACUAACUCCUGCCUGGAUUCUCUCUCUCUCCCCCAGCAGGUUAUGAGACAAUGAGUGAGGGGAAUCCACAGCAGGAAGGUCCUGAUCAAGUGGAACUCCAGGCGACCUUUUUGAGAAGAGCUGAAGGGAAUUUUUCCCAGUGCUUGGAACAGAGAAAUGUCUGGAGUAAUUGCCACAGGUCAGAGAGGAAGCUGGGGAACUACCAAACUAAGAAACUGGAUGAAUCAAUCAAAUGUGGAGGAGGAGGAAAGGAUCCCAAUGAAACCACAGCCCAGCAGACAAAUCACAAAGAAAAGAAAUCCUAUAAAUGCUUGGACUGUGGGAAACGCAUCAGUCAUCACUCAGGGCUUAUUAACCAUAGGACAAUCCACAAGGGAGAGAAACCCUGUACGUGUCUUGAGUGUGGGAAAAGUUUCAGUGCACCAUCUGCCCUUAUUGUACAUCAGAGAACCCACACAGGAGAGAAACCCUAUAAAUGCUUGGACUGUGGGAAAAGCUUCAGUCAGAACUCAAACCUUAUUAGACAUCAGACUAUUCACACAAGAGAGAAACCCCAUAAAUGCUUGGAUGAUGGGAAAAGCUUCAAUCCCCGCUCAUACCUUCCUAAGCAUCAGAGGAGUCACAUGGGAUAGAAUCUAUAAAUGCCUCAACUGUGGGAAAAGUUUCAUUCAAAGAACAAACCUUGCUUCACAUCAGACAAUCCACACAAGAGAGAGAACCCAUAAAUACUUGGACUGUGGUAAAAGCUUCAAUAACUGCAGGAAAAGUCUCUCCCAGAGCAGAGACCCCAGUUUGGCCAGGACCCCCCCUUCCUGGGCCCCAGCCCCUGCUCCCAGGAAGGGCAGUGCUUGGAGGGAAGGUAAGAGAAACCUUCCCCCACCCCCGGUGGCCCCAGGGAGGGGUGCCUCCUGGUUCCAUCCUGGCUGCAGGGGGAGGGUGCGAUUGAGUUGGCUGCGAUUCCCUGCCGUGUGCCCAGGAAAGCUGCCACCAGCUCCCAUUGUUUUCAGGGCGCGUGAAGCCCAUGCCAUGGGGAGGGCUGGGACAGCGAUACCUGGGGAAUAUAGGGGUGUGGGAGCCGAGAAACUGCUGCCUGUAGGAAUUUGCUACCUGUACCUGUUACUCAUAUGUAAGGGAUUGUUAAAAAAACUGGUAUUGUAAAAAACUGCUAUCUGAUGUAAUUUGCUACCAGUAGUAGUAAGAGGUAGCGAAUUGUUACCAUUAGCGCAGUUGCUCAUAGGUAAGGGUGUUCUUAUUUGCUGACUUGUCCUAAUUUGCUAAAUCUUGACAGUGUUGUGGGUUGGAAGCAUAAAGUCUUCGGCUUCCAAAUGACCCUGCCUGGUGUACAUAUGUAUCAAUUACCUCUUAAUAGAGAAUUGUAAAAAAUAGAGUGAGGUCAUUUAAACAUCAUUUAUUUUGCAGUUUAAUUUACUGGGCUAGCAAUGUAGCAUCCUGACAUUGAUACUUGUGCCCAAGUGACCUGUGGGUUGGAUUUAUUUUAGUGGGACGCGGGACAUAUGGAGGAUAAUUUAAGGAUUUGCCUUUAUUUCCUUAGGGUUUGCCUUUAAUAUGCUGGUGUGAUCUCUGACCAUUACCGUUCAUCAACUCAGCCGGCAGGCACAGGCAGCAAUGCCCUGUCCUGUUCCCUUGACUGAGAAAGGUUGUGAUCAAAGGGAGUGUAGAUUCCAGAAAGCUUCUGGGGUAAUAUCUCAUUGGAGAUGAAAGGGCUUGUUCAGAAAAAUUUUUUGAAGUCUGUAGGGUAAAGAUGAGCCAGAUGAGUUUGUCUCCAUGCAGGUAUAUUUUAUUCUCUGGGGGGUGGGUAGAAAGGAGAGAGAAGUAUUUUACAUUUCCUAUUUCCCUUACUGAGGGCCAUCUAUGGUCACCUGAAAUUUUUCCUGGCAGAAGCAGUUCCUAUCUAUUUAUUACAGGGUCAAAAUAUUGCUGCCAUCACACAGAGGCAUUAGUGGUGAUGGAGGUGAGAAGAGGGCCAAGAAGGCCUUUCCCUCCCUCAGCACUCCCAUGCAUGUGGAAGCUAUAAUAUUGCUGCUGCCUAAGUACCCUGAUGGCAAACGGGUAGGGGCAAAAGGCACUGCCAGCUGUACUGAGCACCCCAGAGGAGCCAGGCACUGUGAGGAGUGUAUGCUGCUACACCUAUCCUGUACUGGUGAGGGCAACCCUCAGUCCCCAGUGCUCCUGGUGGCCCCAGGGCUUCCCCUGGCUUCCACCAGCACAAACACUGCACCAGCACAAACACCGUUUGCUUCUCCCCUGCCUCCCCACCCAAAGGGAUACUUGAAAAUACCUGGAAACAAAAGGACUUGAAUUGGGUCAGGGGGGAGGGACGAACUACUGGACCCAGGCUGGAAAGACACCUUUGGCCUGUGUAGGAUUCUACCUAAAACAAUAUCUAGGGUGAGGAAUUAUUAACCAAUUUCUUUAGUGAAUCUAGCUUAGUUGGCGUGCUUUGUAUUAUUUUCUUAAUAAUGUGCUUUGUUUUGUUUGCUACUUCUUUAACCCCUUAAAAUCCACCUUUUUUUGUAGUUAAUAAACUUAUUUCUGGUUUAUAAUAUAACCCAGUUUAUGUAAUUUCUAACUGGGGGCAGGAAGUUGUGCAUACCUUCCUUCACAUUGAGGGAGGAGCCGAAUUUCAUAUAAUUUUGGGUUUGUACUCCAAGGCAGGUGAACACCUGGGGCUGUGGCAGGUCCCUUAAGCUAAGUCUUCCCAGAGCUGAUCUCAGUGACUAUAUUGUUCUGCAGCUGGGCCCGGCCCUGCCUGUGUGCUUGGCUGGAAGAGGCUUGUGAUCCUGGCCCAGCAAGACCUGGUAAAGGGUGCCCAGGCUGGCAGAAAACACGGGCUCAGUGAUAUCUCAGCUCAUCAGGUGACAUCCCAAGGGUCCAACCUGCCACAUGGACUAUGGACUUACACUAAAAGGAGUAUUCCAACCAAUGGACUGAGGACCUUCCAAUCUUUUGAAGUUACCAGAACUUUACAAGCCAGCAGUUUAUUCCAUUUCUGCUUCAAGCCUCAUACAAGAUCUUUGCAUUGAGUGUAUGUAUUUGAUUCCUUUGACCAUUUUUAACUCUUUCCUUUUUCUUUUCUCUUUCUAAAUAAACCUUUAGAUAGUAGAUACUAAAGAAUUGGCAAAAUUGUGAUUAUUUAGUAAGAUCUGAGUUAUGUAUUGACCUGGGUAUAUGGCUGACCUCUUGGGAUUAGAAAAACUCUUUGUUUUAUGAAAUUGGUUUUAAAUAACCACUCAUAAAAUCUAGUGUCUGGGUGGUGAAACAAGGAUUGGGAUACCUAGGGAGACUGCUUUUCUGACUUCUUGUUGACCAGUGUGCUAAGACAGAAGUUUACUUUUGUUACUGGUUUGGUAUAUCUUGUGGAGGAAUAACCAACAGUUUGAGAUGGAUCUACCCCAUUUCUCAGCAGUUUGUAAAGAAUCUGGAAUUCUCAGCUGUGACCCACUGAGGUACGGUUACACCCUCACCUCCAACCCUUUCCACCUCCUAACUGUAUCUCACAUCUCUGAAGGGAUCAGGCAGUAACUCCAUCCCCGUUCUGUCUCAGCCUUUCAGAAUGUGAAUCUAGCACUCACCCUUGGUUUUCAGGCUGAGAGAUGUUGAUAAUUUUCAUUGUUCAAACAACACAAAAAUUUCAUGACAAAGGGUAAAGAAAGAUUAAAAUAAAAUUUAAAAAGGACUCUUUUGCUGUCAUUUGUAUCAUAAAGUCCUCAAUAAAGCUGUGAUUGAUAAUAGUUUAGCCUGACAGGAUCUAAGUAUGUGACCA